ACACAAACACACACACAGAGCACACUGCUACCACACUCCAAGCAGUCGCACAGUCUCCAAAGAAAGAACCCUUGUCAAAGAGAAACAUGGAGGACCAGCAACCAACAGCAGAGGCCCACCGGGAGAAGUGUUGUGAUAUCUGUGGUGACAUAGGUGUCAGUGAUGCAAUUCAAACUUGCCCUCAAUGCAAAAUUUCUUGUGAACACAUUUACUGCAUGCGUGGCUCUGUGGUGAUGCUUUCUCCAAAAGAUUGGUGCUGCGAUGAUUGUCUUCGCAGCAUUAAAAUGCUGUCAUCAACAUCUGGCUUUAUGGAAGACUUGGUUUGCAGGUCGCAAUUCGGAACGGCUAGCAGGCUGCGCAAAAGUUCUCAACCUAACAAGCAACCUUGUGAUUUGAGGCAGAAUGGGAUUGACAAGAAGAUCCCUCAUGGAAAAGUGAAGUAUAUGCAUGUUGAAGAAGUUAUUAUGCUAUCAUCAGGAGCUAAGAAUUCUAAUUCCCCCAUUAAGUCCAAGUCCACAUGCAGCACCAAACCAGUAUCCUGGAAGAAUGGAGCCUCUGCUUUGGAUAGAACUCCUGUCAAGCCAAAAGCUAUACCUGCAGAGUCUUCAAUACACAUAGUUAGAGUAAAUCCUCCUUUCGUAACCUCAAAACAGUUGAAAGCAGUGAGACCUAACAACUCCCAGUUGAAUACGGUGCCUGGGCAACAUGUUCCACAAUCUUUCAAAGGACUAAGAGAAACAGGUGCUAUUCAGGCUUCUUUGAAGGGACAAAUGCAGAAGGAACAGCCUAAGGAUACUUUUAAGGAUAAAGGAGAAAUUAGGGUGGGAAAGGCAAUCACGAAAGCAGUCUCUGCUUCUUCACCAGCGACAUGUGGUCAAGCAAGUGUAAACUUAGAAACAGGUCCUUUUCAGGCUUCCUUGAAGGGAGAAAUGCAGAAGGAACAGCCUAAGGAUACUUCUAAGUAUAAAGCAGAAACUAGGGUGGAGAAGGAAAUUAUCAAAACAGUCUCUGCAUCUUCACCAGUGGCAUGUGGUCAAGCAAGUGUUAUUUCAGGUGGUGAUGUUUUCCUCAAUCUGGAGCUAGAGAAGACUGAUUCUAGGACCGCUGAUCCAAUUGGUAUCUUUCCCGAGGUCAGGAAAUGCUCAAGUGGUCCUGCUUUAGAUGCUACCUGGAAAGGACGCUUGAAGAUUUAUAAUGAUCCUGAACAUGGGGAAAUGAAUGGAGUUCAAGCUUAUCCUCCUUCCAGAGUCCUUAGAAAGGUGUAUGAAUUUUCAAAGCAUAUGCCUGAAAUUCUUGGGUUUGAAUUGAUUCCGCGGGGGAUCUUUGGCCAAACUUGUUCCAGAAUUACUGUCUUGACAGAAGAGAUAUUGGACUGUACUUCUUUCCCAGUUUUAUUGAGAGAAGCCAUGGAAGCAGGGGACUUAGCACUGCGGAACCUAAUGGAUGGGGUUGAGCUGUUAAUAUUUACAUCUAAAGUCUUGAGCUUGGACUGCCAAGAAUGGAAUGGGAGACACUUUCUAUGGGGAGUUUUUCAUUCCUUGAAAAAAGCUAAAAGACAUGCAUGUCAGGUUGAUGGUGCUUAUGAAAUUCCUGGUGAAUGGAACAGCAAUCAGGACAUUGACAUGGACGUAGACAUGAUGGCUGGGGAAGAGGUUGGAAGAAUUGAUGUUGCUGUUCCUAGGGCAUCUCUUCAGCUGGUACCGCUGGCAACAGAUAUUAUUGCUGCCUCUGUCGCAGCAUCUGAUGACAUGGAAAUAGACAUGGUGGGUGGGGAAGAGGUGGGAAAAAUGGAUGUUAUUAUUUCAAGACAAUGUGAAGAGGUGCUGCCACUGGCAGUGGAUCCUACUAAUUCAAGCGAAGCAGGCAUAGAAAUUCCUCCUGGUUUUGAAAACAAAUCAAGGCCUGUGAAAAUUGAAAGACCUGUUCAGGUGCUACCAUUGCCAGCGAAUGUUGCUGAUUCAGGGCAUAACAUAAUGAAAAAUCAUUUAUCUAACAACUUUUCCAAGCCAGCUGCAUCCCAGAGAUUGGAUACUGGUUCCUUUCAGCUUCCUUUGAAUGCAAAAUCUGAGCUCUGA